CGACUAAUCCGUUUAGACUGUGAAGUUCUGAGAGGGACUGUCCAAAAGAAACCCCUUGAACAAGUUACUAUCGUCCGUAUACCCUUUAAUGCCCGCGAAUAAAGCGGCAGAAAAUGCACUGGGCACAAUCGGAACGAUUUGUUGGACUAUCCAGUUGGUUCCACAGCUAUGGAAAAGCCACAGGGAGAAAUCUACUGAAGGGCUCUCCCAAUUUCUUGUCUUCAUAUGGGGAGCAUCUGGUGUACUCCUGGGCGUAUACGCCAUUGUCCAGAACAUCAAUAUACCCAUCAUAGUCCAACCUCAAUUAUUUGGGACACUAUCAUUUCUGUCGUUCGCUCAGUGUCAAUAUUAUGGGUCAAAGCGGCCCUUCUGGACAUGUGUAGCGAUCUAUAUUGUAUGUUUGGCAUUACUAGGCGGCCUGCAAGUAGGCUUUGUCUAUGCCGUCAGGCCGUCUUACGAACACGGGCACUCAGCAGGUGUCGAGUUCUUUGGCAUCGCGAGCUCUGUGACUAUUGCCGCAGGUCUCCUGCCGCAAUAUUACGAGAUCUGGAAACACGGGGAGGUCAUUGGCAUCUCAAUACCGUUCAUGACGGUCGACAUGCUCGGUGGGGUGUUCAACGACCUCUCGCUCGCGUUCAAGUCAGAUUUCAAUGUCAUCGCUAGCGUUACUUACUCGCUUGUGGUGGUCAUGGAUGGCAUCGUCAUCCUCCUUGCAUUAAUUCUGAAUCCUUUGGCAAGACGGCGCCGUAAACGCGCUGCUAUGGCUGCCAUGGAGGUGGAUACAGCACCUGCGGACCCAAGUGGAGGCGUCGGGCGAAUCGGCGACGUAGAGCUCGCUGGUGCGGAAAACCGGCAGCCCACUCCGUCUUCCAAUGCGCGAGAUGUCAAUGAGAAGCCAGAAGCGGCAGCCGUCGAUGAAGAGAGAGGGGAUAUGACCGUUACGACUAGCAACGCCAGACGAGAUACACCACAGCAUUCCCAUAGAACGCUCGAUAGCAAUGAUAUUUAAUCAGUGAUUAUUCAGGAAGGGCGACGGACACGUCCCGCUGUGCAAGUAUUAUCUCACUCAGGCUUCCAAUCACCCGAGGUUACGGCGCGUCCAGAGACUG